UUUUAGUGAAAUAUCACGGUCAUUUUCAUAGUUUCAAUGUUCAGUAGUUUUUCUAAUGAGGGGCUCUCUUCGCGGUGUACUGACGCGCCCAUUAAGCCCCUGUAGACGUCAUUAGCACAACCCGUUUUCCUAACGGUUGGUUGCGACAUCACCCUAGAAACUUCACUUGAACUAGAGCGGAGCUAGGUAUUUGUCUUGUUCAGAUUUCGAUUUAGUGUCCAGUCUUUACGGGGCUCAAGUUGAUCAAACGGCUGACCAUACAACGAUGUGGAUGGAGAGACGGUGGAUUGUGGCCUGACAGAAGCCAUGGUUGGAUACCUCUUCGAUGGUUCGUUCAAAAAGCAACUUAAAUUUCAACAGUUUGUGCGACAGUACAAGGAAGGUGAGGUCGUUGUUACACUAGAACCAGUACCGGUGGAAGUCUACUGUCAGUCUACAGCACAGCCCCAGCCUCUGCCUUCCGUUGAUCCAAGUGGAGAAGCAACUCGCAAGAAAAUACCUCUUGUGACUGUCAUUCCAACCUUUCCAAAAGAUGUCCAAAUUAAACUGGAUGCUAAAGAACCAUGUCACAAAGUUCCAAAACUACGCAACAAAAUUAUCAGAGUGUUGUACGAAAUGAUGGCAGAACACACCCUGUAUCCAACCAAUGCAGAGUACAUUCAAGUUGCCAAGGCUUUGAUCCUUAAAUACCCUUUCCUGAGAGAUAUGGAGGGGAAUGGCUAUAACACUUGGCACAUGUCUCUAAAGCGAAAAUUUAAAGCAGAACGUGCACCACUUGUUAGUGACAGUGAAGUCAGAAAGCUGAAGGAGAAGUUUGGCCACAAAAAUCAGUUUAAAGCUACCAAUGCAUCAGCAAGUGUGUGUCGUAAGCCAGCUAAUCUGACAUUUCCAAAGGAAAUUUAUGCUGGUGAAGAUUCAACAACUGUUGAGGCCCAUGUGAGCGUGCUACAAAGUGAGUAUCGGAAGAUGCAUCCAGACAUGUCCACAGUCAAAGAUCGCAUGGCACGGACAUUCUGUUGGAGACGACGUGAAAUUGUGGAAGGAAUGCCAGUGGAGGAUGUAAUCAACAAAUACCCUUUUUUAAGGACACCGCCUGGAUUUUUUGAUGAAGUUGACAGAAUUCACCCUUCAACAAAUGGCUUCUAUCAUCGCUUCAAGGAGGGCUUUGCCAGUGUUUUGCCAAAUGUGCUUAAGAUUGCACAGGGAAGAUCUUCACUGGCAAAGCAGUACACUGAUGCAAGACAGGAUUCCCUGGCUGAAGAUCUACCAGGAAUAGACCUGAGGGCUGGGCUCAUCCUGUUGCCGUCCGUCUUCCGAGAAAAGACUGAACACUACAUCACUUUAGGAGAGGGAGACCCUGCUACACCCUAUCCAACCAUUCAAGUGAAGGAUCGUGACUGGAAAAUGGCAAUUACUGGUACAGGAUCAUGUGUGGUGAAAGUUGAUGGAGUCGAAGUGUGUCAGUGCGUACACCUUGAUGAAGCCUUCGCAACAGCUUUCAAAACUACUUUCUUUGUAUUGUAGCAUGUUAUGAAAUGAAUUUUUUGUUUCAGUAAUGUAGUAAAUUGCUUCCUGAUGCAUGCAGUUAGGCUUCAUGUGAUGUUUUUUUGUAUUGUGCUGGCAUUUAGGAAACGUUGUAACAAUACAUUCAUCAAAUACACUGAAAAUUGAAAAUGUGCACAAUUAUUUUUAUUGUUAAUGUAAAUUGUUAAAUUUUGAUCAAUAAAGAUUUUUGUCUAAA